AAGAGAUGGGUGUAGCUAUAAUCACGUGAAAUUAUUAUAGAGACUGCUUAUCAGAUCAAGAGAUGUGGUACAUGAACUAGCUUGCCCCACAGUAUAGUACAGAGCAGCUUGUGUAAGUAUGAGUACUGGAGGGUGGUCUACACUGCGGGGGAUCCCAGGAGCUUUUGGAGGUGCCACGCCUCCAAAUGAUGAGGCCAUCUUCCAUUCCCUCUCCCCCGUCAAUGGACUCCUCACUGGAGAGCAAGUCAGACUGACUUUCCGAUCGUCAGGUCUCCCACAGCAGAGGCUGGCGCAGAUAUGGACAUCGGUGGAUCAAGAUGGUGAUGGCCGUAUCAAUCAGCCUCAGUUCCUCAUGGCACUGACUCUCAUAAGACAUGCCAAACAAGAGUCCCUCAACACCUCCCUACCAGCUACUGGCUUUGCCUCAUUCCCGACAACCUCAGUGAACCCUCUCUCUCAAUCAUGGGCCUCUCCGAAAAUACUGAGACAGCAAACUCCACCCCUCGGAGUGGGGGUGGGUGUAUCCAUGGCGACAAUGAAGGAGGGGUGGUCCCUCUCAACUCAGGACCGACGUAGAUACACUAUGCAGUUCAAUACACUCGACAAAAGAAAUACUGGAAAACUCUCAGGUGCUGAAGCAGCACCUAUGUUUGCCAAGACUGGACUCCACACUGGUGUACUGGCAAAGAUAUGGGAGCUGGUCGAUGUCAACCAAGACGGCCACCUAGCCUGUGAGGAGUUUGUUGUGGCCAUGCAUCUAGCUGAGAGGGUGAAGUCUGGUCUCACUCUACCUCGUACACUACCCGCUGAGCUGUACCCUGGACCCACCAAGUACGCCACCAUUGACAGGAAGGCACACACACCCACGAGGGCAGAUAGACCACUGGAGAAGAGGUCGAGUGUGAUUGACCCCGCGGACUGGGCCAGUAGACAGAGCACCACCUCCUCUGAAGACACUGGGAGGACAUUCGAGGACAGGAGGAAGAAUAAUUUUGAGGCUGGACGGAUGGAACUGGAGCGAAGACGCAGGGCACUACAGGAAGAGCAGGAGAGGAUCACUGCUGAGAAAGAACGGAGACGAAGAGAAGAGGAAGAAAGAAGGUUGCAACAAGAGCGUGAGGCAGAACAAGCUCGCCAAGCUGAGCUAGAGAGGCAGCGACAAAAAGCCAUGGAGAUCGAAAAAGAGCGCGUUUUACAAAUGCAGAAACUAGCGCUCCAAAGAGAAGUCGCCCAAAGAGAGAUGGAGAGAAAGAGGAAGGAAGAAUGGGCCAGGAGGAGACAAGCUGAGCUGGAAGGGGAACGUAUCAAGGAGAGAAAUUCCCUACAGAUAUUGAAAGACCAGCACUUGAGGCUGGAGCAGGAACUGAUGGUGUUGGACCAGCGACGCCUUGGGACACAAGCCAGCGUUGAGAGGCAGAGGAUGGCCUGUGUGGAGAUAGGCAAGGUCAUCAGGACACUGCAGUUGUCCAGGGAAGUGCGGCUGGAGGAGUUGCGGAAGGCACGGGGAGAACUAAAUAGUCUUCAGGCACAAGUGCUCUCUCUUCACCAACAACGAGGUGCACUACAGUCUAGCCUAGAGCAGCGAGCAGAGGGUUCUGAUUUUCAGUUGUCCAGGAAGGCCCUCAAUGAUCAGGUGAUGGGUCUGGCUGCACUGAUGGCUGGUCUGAGGACCAACCUAACUCACAACAGAGAAGAGGCUGACAAACUAAGGUCCUCCUUCCUGGAGUACCAGCACAUUCUGAAGGGUCUAAACUCCACCCACCAGUCGGAGGAGAUCAAAGUUCACCAGCUGAGUAUCUUGGUGGACACUCGUAAGCGGGCGUGUCAGGAGAAGCAACAACGAGAGGCAGAGGAACGAGAGCAGAGAGCAGCGGAGGAACGCAGGAAGAGGGAAGAGCAGGAGAGGAUCCAACGAGAGGUUGAGGAGAGAGCUAGACGAGAGGAGAGGCUGGUUAAGAUCAAAAGAGACCAAGAAAUGGCUAAAAAGAAAGCUGCUCUGGACUCUGUUAUGGCGGACCUGAGUGCAGCCAAGUCCUCUCCCCCCACCGCUAAGAAGGCCACACCUCCUUCCUCAAACAGCCCCGCACUGACCAAAAAGAGCAAGAAGGAGGAGGCAGCAAAGGACAAGGAAGUGUUGCGGAAGGUGCAGGAGCUUCAGGCGCGGAAACAGAAGCUGCUGGAAAAGGAGUCUGACAAGAAGCUCUCUGACGGAGCCCCACCCUCCAAGCCACUCCCCUAUGCUCACAGACUCAAGAAUAUCAUCAAGCCACGCCCCGCUCCCCCGCAGCCAUACAAGGAAACAGCCACGCCCACCUCUAACAAGCUCGUAGAUCUCAUGUCAUCUUGGGACAGUAGAUCGACUGGUACUUUAGUUGGUGCUCGUCAAUUCAAACAAGAUACUUCUCAGAUCCUCACACCCAUCAAGCCAGAAGUGGGCGGGGCUGGCAACGAGACCCCACCCCCUAUCAUCGACCAUGUGGUGGUCAGCCCUACUGGUGAUGGAGGUGUGGAAGUGUCGCCAUUUUCCGAAGACCAACACAUUUCUGAUGACUCGGCAAUCUACGCCAUCCCCCGUUCUCUAACAGGCCCCAAAAAAUCCGUUGUACCCACCUCCGACACAGGUCAAAGUUCAAUUGCUGAAACCCAACAAGUUCCAACCUCCGACAUGGGUCAAAGUUCAACUGGUGAAGCCCAUCAAGUGCGCUAUCGUGCAGUGUUCAACUACGAAACAACCGACCCGAGUGAAGUGAACUUACAAGAGGGUGACCUGGUGACCUCUGACCCCUCUGUAACUGCACCCCCUGGCUGGCUCAUGGUCAGUAUUGUCGCUAGCGGGGAGAGUGGGUGGGCACCGGAGUCAUAUCUACAGGAGGAGACAAAGGUCGAGACUGAAGUUAUCGCAGAGGAGAGAGUUCUAUCCCCGCCCACUUUGAUGGCGACAGUGCUGUUCUCGUGGCAGGGGUCAAAGGACAACCACCUCUCGAUUGUGAAGGAUGAGAGGAUUGCCAUCGUACAGCAGGGAGACAAGUGGUGGUCAGGGGAGAGGGAUGGGCAGGUCGGAUGGUUCCCACGGACAUUCGUCAAAUUGGAGGAAACCAAAGACGACAAGACAACCACUGAGGAGGACAGUUUAAUAUCAGAGGCUGCUGCUACCGUUGCUCCAUUGCUACCUCUGGCUGAGUCGACCAAUCAGAAUGCUCCGAUCAAUCAGGUGUACGAGGCUAUCUACGACUACGAGAAUGCAGCCGAGGGAGACCUCAACUUCAGAGCAGGAGAUGUAAUCGAGGUGACGGUGUGUGAGGGUGACUGGUGGAGUGGAGUAUUGAAUGGAGUGGCUGGAAGCUUUCCCUCUAACUACGUCCAGCCUCGCUACGAGUUGGCCCCCCCACGCUCACAGAGCUCCCCCCUAGAGACCACACCCACUCCACAACCCGCCCCCACACAGGGUGAAGUGAACAGCCUCACUAAACCCAUUGUUGCUAAAGUGGUGGUGGCAUUCCAGGCUCUGAAGGAUGGGCAACUCUCUCUGCUGCCUGGAGAUCUUAUCAAGGUGUCCAAGCAAGCUAGCAAUGGCUGGUGGGAGGGGGAGCAACAAGUACGAGGGAGGCAGCGAAUGAGAGGAUGGUUCCCAGCCAAUAGGGUAGAGCCACUGGGACACAAGAAGAACAGCACAAACAAUCAACCAAUCAGAGCAAAGAGUCCUCUGCUGGAGGUCCUGGAGGACCGCCCUAGUGGGGGGUCUGAGAACCUCGUGUUGGCACUCUACACGUACAGCGCCCAAUCAGAAGAUGAGUUGAGCUUUCCCAAAGGCAGCGUGGUGACAGUGCUCAGUAAGGACGGUGACUGGUGGAGAGGGGAGCUCAAUGGAGAGUCUGGACUCUUCCCCUCCAACUAUGUCCAGCCUCUCAUGGAGCAAGCCCCCUCCGCAGAGCCCACUAGAUGGGCUGACUCGGUAAGCAGUGAGGUACUAGCUGCCGUCACUGAUCAAGAGAGAAAGAGACAAGAAGCCAUCUUUGAGCUACUCACCUCUGAACGUCAUUACACCACAAGUCUCAAACUAGUCAAAGAAGUAUUCUUUGAUCCAAUGUAUGAAACCAACGCUCUCUCAGAGGAGGACAUCGCCAAGGUGAUGGUCAACUGGGACGAGCUCAUCAAAUGUAGUGGAGAGCUUCUUAAAGCUUUUAUGGUUCGACUCAGAACUUCUGGGGCCAUUGUCAAGAGUAUCGGAGAUGUCCUGGUCAAUCAGAUACCAGAGCUAACUCCACACGUCCGCUGGUGCAGCUGUCAGCUCAACGCAUGUACCCUCCUCCAGCAGAAGUCAAGUGACCCGACGUUUAGAGAGUUUGAGCAGAAAUGCAAGACAGACAGUCGUACUGGGGGACUUCCCCUGAGCAGCUUCCUCCUCAAGCCCAUGCAGAGGGUCACCAAGUACCCCCUCCUCAUUAAGAGGAUCCUGAGCUAUACUGAGGAGGGAGAGUUCGAUCAUGAUGACCUCCGUAAGGCACUGGACCAUGCUGAGAAGCUGUGUGAUCAAGUCAACGAGGCCGUUAGACGUAAAGAGAACACGGAACAACUCGAAUGGCUACAGACACACAUCCAUUUCUCUCUAGAUGAGAGAUUAGUCUUCAACUCUGCCACUAACUUCAUGGGCUCCCGGCGACUGCUACACUGGGGGAAGCUGUUCAAGAUUCGUGGUGCUAAGGAUGUGUUGGCGUUUCUAUUCAACGAUUUCCUGCUCAUGGUCAAACCAAAGCUAUUCUUCCCACGAGCAGCUGCACCCACUGACCUCGAGCCCUUUGGCAAGAACGAGUUCCAGAUGUAUCGCCAGCCCUUCCUGUUGGAGACUCUACGAGUGAAGAAAGGUUCAAACGAUCAGUACGGGCCGUCCGUGUUCCUACUGACACAUGGUUCAGAGGACAAAGACAUUCCUCUGAGGGCAGACAAAGACAUUCCUCUGAGGGCAGACAGUGAUCAUAAGAGAGAUCAAUGGCUCAAGAUCAUCACAAAGGCUUGUCUGGACUUUGUCACCACUAAGAAGAAGAUGGAGAGAGAGAAGAGGGAACAGAGACUGCGUACAAUGAAGGACAGUGUUGGGUUCCUGAAGGUGACGGUGGUGGAGGCCUCUGACUUACUGGCCAAGGACCCCAACGGCAAGAGUGAUCCAUUCUGUGUCCUGACACUGGGUAGGCAGCAAGAGCAGACCACACCCACUGUACCCCUCUCCCUCAACCCAAAGUGGAACCACACAUUGGAGUUCUAUGUGCAUGACAUCAACAAGGAUGAGUUGGAAGUAUCUGUGUUUGAUAAAGACCUCUUCUCUCCAAAUGAUUUCCUCGGUGCUGCCAAGUUGUCACUAAAGGACUUGUUCAGAGAUGGGGACAGUCCCUGGACUAAACGGUUGCUACUGGAGGACGUUGCCAAGGGAGAGAUUGAACUAAAGAUUGAAUUAGAACUAAAAGCUUCAGAUUUGCUUUUGUAACACUCAAAAUACUUAUAGGUAGACAAGACACUUUUACACAAAAUCAAAUCUUUUAACAAUGUUUUUUCUGUGUGUAUUACAUUGAUAGUUAUGUGUGUGUAUAUUCUAUAUUCAUUAGCAUUCUCAA